ACAACCCUUUCGGCUUCCGUCGACUUCGCGUAAGCGCUUGACGUCAGCAUAACAACAACCUGUCAUGACAGCUCGUAUGGGAAAAAAUAUAUCGAUAAACCUAUCAAAUCAUAUAAAAUCGGUUUUACCUGGAUGUGAGAUUGCUUCUACAAGUUUGUGAGACCCAGGAGAUACAGGGCUUUCUUGAACCCAUCAGCUAGCCAGCCGGAGACACGGGGAACAGGAUAGGGAAGCAGGGCGAGGCGGGCCCCGCGGAGCCGGUGGAGAAGAUGGCCGGCAGCCCGGAGAAGAGUUCAACCGCGCAGGAGCUGAAGGAGCAGGGGAACCGGCUAUUCCUCUGCCGCAAGUACCAGGAGGCUGCUACGUGUUACAGCAAGGCUAUUAACCGUAAUCCAUCGGUGGCAGUGUACUACACCAACAGGGCUCUGUGCCAUGUGAAGCUGCAGCAGCAUGACAAGGCUCUGGCUGACUGUAAGCAUGCGCUGGAGCUGGACAGCCAGUCAGUGAAGGCUCACUUCUUCCUAGGCCAGUGUCACCUGGAGCUGGAGAACUACGACGAGGCCAUCGGCAACCUGCAGAAAGCUUAUAACCUGGCAAAAGAACAGAGGCUGAAUUUCGGAGAUGAUAUUCCCAGCGCCUUGCGCAUUGCGAAGAAGAAACGUUGGAAUAGCAUCGAGGAGAAGCGCAUCAACCAGGAGAACGAGCUACAUGCCUAUCUGACCAAACUCAUAAUCGCUGAUAAAGAAAGAGAACUAGAAGAAUACAAAGAGAAACAGGACGACAAUCAAAAUGGAGGCGAUAUUGCCAAGAUUUCAACAAAAAAUGACAAGUAUCUAAUGGACAUGGAGGAGCUCUUCUCUCAAGUGGAUGAGAAAAGAAAAAAGCGGGAGAUCCCAGAUUACCUGUGUGGGAAGAUCAGCUUUGAGCUGAUGAGGGAACCCUGCAUCACACCCAGUGGGAUCACUUAUGAUCGCAAGGACAUUGAAGAGCACCUACAGCGGGUGGGUCACUUCGACCCGGUCACCAGGAGCCCCCUGACCCAGGACCAGCUGAUCCCAAACCUGGCCAUGAAGGAGGUGAUCGAUGCCUUUAUCCAGGAGAACGGCUGGGUGGAGGACUACUAAAGGGACCGCCCCCACCACCAUCCCCUCCCAUCUCUCAAUCCAUACUCCCCAUACUCAACACAAAGCCUGGACAACACCAGACUAUAGAAGCCCCCCCCCCCCUGUCUGGAUUAUGUACUUUUACACAAGCGGGAAACACCACAUUAUGGACUACCAGAUGGGAGCCAUGUAUCUCGGUCUGCCUCUUACCCCCCCCCACCACAUUUGAUCUUUGCUGUAAAACUCCCCGCUCAUACUUUCUGAGGCUCUGCUGCUCCCUUUAAGACCC